GGGAGGUUUACAGAGAGGACACACUGUCAGAUGAUGUGAACAAUCGAGACUUUUUGGAUGAAUGCGCGAGAAAUGGAAUCAACGCGAGGAGGCCGCCAGAGAGAAGAUGUCCUGCAGACUGCAAGAUAACGCUAAGGAAGACGCAAAGAAAGGAAAAACUGAUGACACAGCGAACAAGAAGAAAGUCGGUUCGGCACUCUCGAGAACAUUCUCGGUCUCUCGCUGGAGAUCGGCCUUUAGAUGACAAAGAGAUAACUGUCUCUCUCUGGAGGCGUCUCUGCAACUCACUGUGCAGAGAAGAGGACGCAGAAUAGGAAAAAGGUCUUUUCUCCGAUGCAGGGGAACGCUCGAGGAGCAGAAACGAGGGAGAGGAGAGAGGGCAGAAGAUGAUCGGGAAAGAACACCCUGGAGGUUGCUACAAACGGAGGCGUUUCUCUCGACUGUGGUGCGACCGGACGGACAAGAAGACACGAGAGAAGAGAAACGUUUCACACAAAAUGCAACUCUUUUCAGCGUUCCUCCGAAAAAAACGAUGGAAAACCAAGACCGGCCACACCGGCCGCAGAAAAACCACUGCUUUCCCCUCUGGAGUUAGAGUCCACCGCCAGCUGUACGUACACCUGACGAACGCGCGUGGAAAAUGCGAGAAAACGGAAGAGAGACUUUCUCCAUGGAAAGAGAGAAGAAAAGGCAGAAACCGGCGUUUGAAAGAGUGGCUCUCGGGCUUCUCUGGUCUUUGCAACAAAGUAGCGCCGUCGAGCGCAUGCAAUUCGAGAAAAAGAGAGACACACCACUACACUCGACCUCGCGCGGCGAGAGGACAAACGGUGUCGUCGCCCCCCAGAACAGAAGACUGCUCUGUUUUUGAGUCUUCCAGUCUUGUCUCCUUUUCUUUGUCUCCUUGCCUUCUCCGUUCGUGUUUUUCGUUUCCAAAUCUUCUGCGUUCUGGACGGGAGAAAGUCAACUUCUCGGCGACUGCGGGACUGAUGGCUUUUUACGAGGACGAGGUGCAAUCGAGUCCAAGUUCUCUUCCGUUUGCCGACCAUGCUUAAGGCAACGAAUACCUUGUAAGGAUUCAAAGAUAGAAAUAGUGGAACGCAGUUAAGGGGAUCGUCUGAGAGACAGAUUCAACUCAGCGCGCAUGCAUUCGACAAGGAGAAAAGGGAAGUGAACUGUUGGUUGCGAUCGGGACUGUGGUGCCUGAUCGAAGUUCGCGUUCGCUUGUCACCACCUCAAAAAAAGGCGCACUGCCAUUUCGGUGGCACCCCGAGCGCCCAAAUGUCCUCCGAAAGCGUUGGCACUUCGUACAAAACAAUCCAGCAAUGCAUGUGACUUCAUUCCAAGGACCUGUGACAUGCAUGUGAAGCAAGAGGGGAGUUGCUUUCGCUGGAAAGAACGCGUUCUGUGGGUUGCUGGCGGGGCU